GCGGAGCGUGGAGCGCAGACCGAGGGAAGUGAAGGGGAGGAGAGACGAGACCGGGCGAGUGAAAGAGAGGAAGGCAUUCAUUCGAUCAGCAUCGGGGAGGCGGUGCUCGGCUCGACUUUCAUUGAGCGAGGGCCAUCGGAGCUUCGGGCGGUCGAUUGAUGCGGAGUCCAGCGAGGGAAUAAGUCGGAGCACGGGGCGAAGAUGAAAUUGGCUUUUUGAACGACGGGAAAUGGUGGUGUUUCGGAGGGAAUUGGCGAUGGUGGAUGUCGUAGUUGAGGGAGGAGGCGGAGGAGGAGGAGGAGUAAGGCGAAGAGGAAGAGCAGGAGAAGCCACCAGGACUCGGGAGGAGUGCUGUAGGUUGUGCUCUUGCAGAAGUGGUCGAAGAAAGAGCUUGUGAGGGGAGGAUUACUGUGGACGGGAGGAAGGAGGUGAGGGAGGAAAGCGGGGAGGGGAGUAGAGUGGGAACAGGAGGGCUUGAGCGAUAGAUCUCGAGACUCGUGGAUCACUGUCGGUAGACACAAUGAGGCGCGUCACAUAUCCCUUCCUGAUCAUUGUGGCGCUUGCGCUAUGUAUUGCCACUUACAACACCGCAUCAAUGAUAGCCACCUAUGGGUCGAAGAGUGACGGUGAUGGAGAGGAUGGGAACGAAGAUUCGGCUAAGUUCUUCGACCCUCUUGUCAAAAUGCCCGACCACAUUAGGCAAGGGACGAAAAAGAAACGGCUUUUUCAUACCGCUGUGACAGCCAAUGACUCACCGUACAAUCGAUGGCAGUGUCGGAUUAUGUAUUAUCAUUAUAAGAAGCUCCAAAACUUGCCGGGAUCAGAGAUGGGAGGAUUCACAAGAGUUCUUCACUCAGGGUUUCCCGAUAGUGUAAUGGAUGAAAUCCCGACUUUUGUCGUUGAUCCGCUUCCGGUUGGCGAAGACAGGGGUUAUGUCGUGCUUAACCGGCCGUGGGCAUUUGUGCAGUGGCUUCGGAAAGCAAACAUUGAGGAAGACUAUAUCCUGAUGGCCGAGCCUGAUCACAUUUUGGUGAAACCAUUACCGAAUUUGGCAACUGAUGAUCUGCCAGCUGCGUUUCCGUUCUUCUACAUUGAGCCUGCAAACAAUGAAGCUGUGCUUCGGAAAUUUUUUCCGAAGGAGAAAGGGCCUAUUACCAAUAUUGACCCUAUUGGCAAUUCACCUGUAAUUAUCAAGAAGUCUCAGCUCAUGAAGAUUGCACCAACAUGGCAAAACGUCUCUAUCGCCAUGAAAGACGAUCCACAAGCCGAUGAGAAAUUUGGUUGGGUUCUUGAAAUGUAUGGCUACGCAACAGCAUCGGCGUUACAUGGUGUUCAGCAUAUUCUUCGCAAGGAUUUUAUGCUUCAGCCCCCUUGGGACACUGAGAUUGGAGACAAGUACAUCAUCCAUUACACAUAUGGCUGUGAUUACAACUUGAAGGGUGAGUUGACAUACGGCAAAAUCGGUGAGUGGAGAUUCGACAAAAGAUCUUUUACUCGUGGUGCACCUCCAAGAAAUCUUCCAAUGCCACCUCCAGGAGUUCCAGAGAGUGUGGUAACUUUGGUGCAAGCGGUGAACGAGGCAACUGCCAACAUCCCUAACUGGGUGGAAGGAGCAUAAAUUGUAAAUUAGUUUUGACAUCAGAGUACAAGUACAUCCCUACCGAGUCAGCUUCUGGAAGGAGUCAUGAUCCAGUUAACAGGAAAUGAGCCAUUGGAAGCAUGUACAAAAGGUGGAAUGUCGCCGCUGGAGUUACAGUUGGGGUUACAGGUUUCAAAUUUUAGUAGACAGGGAGGAGCGUGAUGCAUUUGUCAAAUGUUAUGCAACCGCCCUGUCACAUUUGUGAAAAUCAAUGAGCUAUUAUCUCUCUUCUAUGACGGGUUUCAGUAGUAUCGAAAUGAUGGGUAUCAUGUACACUCAGUCCCUUGUAGAGACAUGAAAUUGCACCCUUUCCUCAAUACACCGGAAUCCUCUGUAGAAAUGUUCAAAGCAGUAGAAGUACGUGAUAAGACAGGAAUUGAGGUUGUGGGGUCAUUAAAUUUUGACAUUAACCUGCUCAUAUAAAUGCCGAAGUUGUGUAGGGAGGUGUGUGCCGAUACAUGUAGGGAGGUCAACUCACGUAGUUUGAUCCUAGCACGUCCAUAUACUGUGGCCGUGAGUUAUCUGUGUGAGCAGGAUAUCAAGAACAAUUUUUCUUUUUAUCUUCUCGACCACCUCUCCCUUACGUGGAGAUUCCUAAUUGUAUCUGUAAGAGCAUAGAGAUAAUCACAACACUCCUCUUCAAGUAACCUUGCAGCCCUUAGACUUUACAUGUACAUGUCCAUUUUAUUGAAUUCGGCAUUGUCCAUUUUGAGAUAGCAGGGGCCAAUAUUGUGACCCAGGAGGGUGGACAUAUCAGUCAGUCAUAAUUGUUCUCAAAGUCGUUACGCGGGCUAUGCAUGUCCAAUUUGAAGUUACGCCCUGGGUUGAAACAUUUGUUAGGUACUUCACAAUAUAGUAUUGGGUAACGAGUCACAGGUUGGACCAUACUAGGAAUGCUGCGAGUUCUUUAUACGUGCAGCAGAUGAAGUGAACAUUUUUAUCUUUUGUUUACAUGUGCG